ACCCCGGAUCCCAGCUGAGCGUCUCCAGGGCCCUCCCUCGGGCCAAGGGCUGACCCCCACUGCCAGCAUGGUCUCCCACAAGCCCCAGGACAAGACCCCGAAGGAGAAAACCUCCCCAGAGAACAACUUUAAGGAGCUGAAGCACAGCCCUGAGGUAGAGGAGGAGGCAGGCAUGGAGUUUGAUGGUAAAGAGGAAGAGCAGGAUGAAGACAAAGAGAAAGAGGAGAAUGAAGUGGAAGAGGAGGAUGAUGAUGAUGACAGUGAUGAUGAUAAUGAUGAUGAUGAGGAGGACGAUGAGGAACGCCCUGCCCUUUGCGCCGGCUGCAACAAGAGCUUCCAUCACAUUCUGAAGCUCAUUGCUCACUGGCAUGCCCAUGAUGGCAAGAAGUCCUUCACCUGCAUCGACUGUGGCAAAAGCUUCUGCCACAGCUCCCGCUUCCUGCAGCACCGCUGUGCCCACCCUGGAAAGAAGCCGCAUGUCUGCGCAAACUGCGGUGAGAGCUUCCUGCGGAUCUCGAAGCUUGUCACCCACUGGCGUGUCCAUGCAGGUGGGAAGCUCUUCACCUGCACCGACUGCGGCAAGAGUUUCAGUGUCAGCUGCGACCUCUUUCGGCACCGCCGUGCCCACACCGGCGAGAGGCCGUACCGCUGUGCUGGCCGCCGAAAGAGUUUCAGUGUCAGCUGCGCCCUCUUUCGGCACCGCCGUGCCCACACCGGCGAGAGGCCGUACCGCUGUGCUGGCUGUGGCAAGAGCUUCCGUGACUGUGGCAAGAGUUUCACCAAGAAGUCCAACCUCAACAGGUACUGCCACACCCACACCAUCAAGGAGACCUUUGCUUGCAACCUCUGCUGCAAGGCCUUCACUGACAGCUCAACACUCACCCGUCACAUACAGACCCACACUGGUGAGAAGCCCUUUCCCUGUGACAAGUGCAGUAAGAGCUUCAGUAACAGGUCAAACCUCACCCGGCACUGCCGCACCCACACUGGGGAGACACCCUAUGUCUGAGACUGUGGGAAGAGUUUCACCCAGAAAUCAGACCUCACCGAGCAUCGCCGAACCCACACUGGAGAGAGACCCUUUGCCUGUGACAAGUGCAGCAAGAGCUUCACCACCAAGGCCAACCUCACCCAGCACCACCACACCCACACUGGGAAGAGAUCCUAUGUCUGUGACAAGUGCAACAAGAGCUUCACUCAGAGGUCCAUACUCACCCAGGACUGCCGCACCCACACUGGUGAGAGACCCUAUGUCUGUGACACCUGCAGCAGGAGCUUUACCACCAAGGCCAACCUCACCCAACACCAACACACCCACCCUGGCAAGAGACCCUAUGUCUGUGACAAGUGCAGCAAGAGCUUCAGUCGGAGGUCCACACUCACCCAGCCCCGCCACACCCACACUGGGGAGAAGCUAUACGUCUGUGGUGGCUGCAGUGAGAGCUUCACCAGAAAGUCCCACCUCACCCGGCACAUGCACACCCACAGUGGUGGGAAGCCCUUUGCAUGA